UUCACCCUGAAAUCCCGCUGUUGGCCCUUGCUGGUUUCAUCUCUGCCACGCCACUGCUCACAGGCACAGAGGUUUAGCUCUGCAGAAAUGAAGCACCCACUCCACCUUCUUCUUUCUCUCAUCAUAUCUAUGUGUGUUGGGAGCAAAAGCCAUGCAGAGCAGCUAACCAAUGAAAACCUGACCAUGUCCUUCCUGCCUGCUAACUUCCACAAAGAAAACACAGUCACCAAUGACUGGAUUCUGGAGGGGGAAGAAGAUGAUGACUAUCUGGAUCUGGAGAAGCUCCUCAAUGAAGAUGAUGACUACAUUUAUAUCAUUGAUACAGUUUCCCCAACAGACUCAGAAUCAAAUGCUGGGAAUAUCCUGGAGCUUUUCCAAGGCAAGAGCCGGAUCCAGCGUCUUAAUAUCCUCAAUGCAAAGUUUGCCUUCAACCUUUACCGAGUCCUGAAGGACCAGGCUACCACUUCUGAUAAUAUCAUCAUAGCACCUGUUGGCAUUUCUACUGCCAUGGCAAUGAUAUCCUUAGGCUUGAGGGAAGAGACCCAUGAGGAAGUACAUUCAGUUCUACACUUUAAAGACUUUGUCAAUGCUAGCAGCAAGUAUGAGAUUACCACCAUCCAUAAUCUCUUUCGAAAGCUGAUCCAUCGCCUAUUCAGGAGGAAAUUUGGGUACACCCUCCAGUCAGUUAAUAACCUUUACGUUCAGAAGCAGUUUCCCAUACGGCAGAACUUCAAAGCUGAUAUGAGAGAGUUUUACUUUGCUGAGGCCCAGGAGGCUGACUUCUCAGAUCCUACCUUCAUAGCAAAGGCAAACAACCACAUUUUGAAGCUCACCAAAGGCCUCAUAAGAGAAGCUCUGGAGAAUAUAGAUUCUGCUACUCAGAUGAUGAUUCUGAACUCUAUUUACUUCAAAGGAACUUGGAUGAAUAAAUUCCCAGUAGAAAUGACGCACAACCACAACUUCAGGCUGAAUGAGCGAGAAGUAGUUAAAGUCUCCAUGAUGCAAACUAAAGGGAAUUUCCUUGCGGCAAAUGACCAGGAGCUGGACUGUGACAUUCUCCAGCUGGAGUAUGUAGGGGGCAUCAGCAUGCUGAUUGUAAUUCCACGAAAGCUGUCAGGAAUGAAGACUCUUGAAGCACAGCUGACACCCCAGGUAGUGGAGAGAUGGCAAAAAAGCAUGACAAACAGAACUCGAGAGGUACUUCUGCCCAAGUUUAAGCUUGAGAAGAACUACAACCUGGUGGAGGUCCUCAAGUCCAUGGGAGUCACAAAGUUGUUCAACAAGAGCGGCAACAUGUCAGGCAUCUCAGACCAAAGGAUCACCGUGGAUCUGUUCAAGCACCAAAGCACCAUCACAGUGAACGAAGAGGGCACCCAAGCUGCAGCUGUGACCACAGUGGGGUUCAUGCCACUGUCUACCCAAGUCCGAUUCACUGUUGACCGUCCCUUCCUGUUCCUAGUAUAUGAGCACCGAACCAGCUGCCUGCUCUUCAUGGGAAGAGUGGCCAACCCUGCCAAGUCUUAAAGGUGGUGCUUUGGGCAUCUGAUGUAGUUUGGGUACACUCUGUAGUUCUGUUUUCAUUCUAACAAAGAGGACAUAGCUAUUUUGAUAUGAUAACUUAUGUGGUUUACGAUAAUAAUCUGAAUUUUAGGCUCACAGAAAAGUUAUCAUACACUAAUAAGCUGACACAGUAAACAAUGCUGUAAGUCCACAGGAGGUAACAUACCUAACUGUUGUGCCAGCUAUUCCUCAGAGGUCCUGGCAGUACACAGCCUGCCUUAGCCCUGGCUCCUUUAUCCUGAAGAGCAAACUGCCAGAGUAUAUACCUGACACUUUCUGCACAAGUAGUCUAGAAUAAUAAAAGGCCUUUAUUAUUCAAGGCCUUUUCUCAGUCAGAUCCCCCCAUCUGAAUGGUAUUCAGGAGGCUCAUCCUUCUGGAGAAGAUGCCCAAGUAGCACCAUUCCUGCCCAGUGGAAAAGUAACCUCAACACAUCUGAGAUGUUGGGACUUAAGUCAAGGCCCAACGUCCUAAAGUCAUGUAAAUAUCUCCUCUCCUGCUGCCUCAUUGUUACUUACAUGUAUUCAUAAGGCUCCAUAGCCUAUCCUAGAGAUAAAUAAAAAAAAAAACAUAUUUACCAUG